AUGCUAUUUUCCAACACUCUCAUCGCCUGUCUCGCCGGGAGUCUUGCUGCAGCAGCUCCGGUGACGGGCUGGACUUUUCCCGUGUCCGGAGCUGGAUGCAACGCGGGAUCAACCAACUGCGUGAUCUCUGCUGGGAAGACAUACGCCGUGUCCAAGACUAUUAGCAUAGGAUUCGGAUUGGAUGCUGGUCUGGGUGAUGUGGUGAGGCGCGAGCUUGCCAAACCCGGAGCGGGCGCCAGUUUCAGCUUCGGAUAUUCGUUCUCAGAAAGCCACGCUACCAGCGUCACCGUUUCUGGAAUGCAGACAACUUAUUCUUGCUACAACGGUGAGCUCGAGGCGCCUGUCACUCAGGACUUCGAGGUUUCCUACCCGUAUUUGAACGAUCGGGGAGACGAAGAGCAAGCAGUACCCCAUCUGUCCGCCGGCUGGUGGGGAACCUAG